CACAGACGCACGCUCGGAUCCUAGCCGGGAAAUUUCAAUGCAGGCCGUUUCACAUGGUAUAGACGGAUACACACGGAUCUGACACUGGAUGGGCUUAUGAGCCCUGCAUUUACCUAAACAUGGGAUGUGGAUUGUUUUGUGGUGUUUUAUACCUUACCUGUGUAUGGGCUGCAUUAGGACAAGAUGAAGACCUCUUCCCAGUUGUGUUUAACCUUGCGUCCCGAGCCCAAAUUGACGCCAAUGCAACGUGUGGAGAGAAGUCAGAAGUGUUUUGUAAACUUGUGGAACAUGUGAGGAUAUUCCCGGCUUCGAAUCGUCAUUGUGAUAUUUGUGAUGUGGGGAGUUCGAAUCCUGCUCAGCGCCAUUCAAUCAGAAAUGCCAUCGAUGGGAGCAACCUCUGGUGGCAGAGUCCGACGCUAACCAAUGGGUUUAAGUACAACUAUGUGACCAUCACCUUGGAUCUUGGACAGAUUUACCAAAUAGCAUAUGUGAUAAUGAAGGCUGCCAACUCUCCAAGACCAGGAAACUGGAUCUUGGAACGGUCACUAGAUGGCACCACCUACAAACCAUGGCAGUACUUUGCGAUGACUGGUCGUGAAUGUCAGGAAGAAUAUGGCCUUGACCCCACAUAUGGAAUACCGACAUCAUUAUCAGACGAUGAAGUAAUAUGUACGACACGCUACUCUCAUCUCAUUCCACUCGAAAAUGGAGAGAUUUUAAUUUCUCUAGUCAACGGAAGACCAGGUAUUAACCAGCCAAGUAAAGUGCUUUUGGAUUUUACAUCAGCAAGAUUUAUUCGCAUGAGAUUCCAGAAGAUCCGCACCCUCAACGCUGACUUGAUGACAUUCCAUAACUUCAAGCCACAAGAUGCCGACCCCUCUGUCACUAGAAGGUAUUACUACUCCAUCAAGGACAUCUCAAUAGGUGGACACUGCAUUUGCUAUGGACAUGCUAAACUCUGUGGACGGCAUGACUCACAGCCCGAUCGCCUCAAAUGUCAGUGCGAGGACAAUACGUGCGGAGACAACUGUGAGAGGUGCUGUCCGGGAUUUAAUCAGUACGGCUGGAACAAUGGCAAUGGUGUCAAACACAUUUGUGAACCCUGUAACUGCCAUGGCAAGGCGGAUGACUGUGUUUUCAAUGCCACAGUGAAGGAUCUAGGCCUCAGUCUUAACAUUGAGGGCAAAUAUCAAGGGGGAGGUGUUUGUCUAAACUGUCGGGAAUUCACAACGGGUAUAAACUGUGAGCAGUGUAUUGAGGGUUACUACCGACCCAGUAGACUCGCUAUCACUGAUUCCUUCCCAUGUCGACGGUGUAACUGCCAGGAGACGAUGACAUCCACCGCCACCUGUGUCACUGAUGACAGUCGUGUUAGCGAGGGCUUGAACCCUGGAGAUUGUGUGUGUAAGCCAGGGUAUGCUGGGCGUGGCUGUAACAGAUGUGCAUAUGGCUACUUCGGCUUCCCCAGGUGUCGAAUCUGUCCAUGUAACCCUGCAGGAAGUGUCAACCCAGAAGAGUGUCGCCGCAGGUGUCGGUGUAAGGCCAAUGUGGAGGGCAAGCACUGUGACCGCUGUAAGCCCGGCUACUACAACCUGGACAAGGACAACGAGGAUGGCUGUACCAAGUGCUACUGUCAUGGCGUCUCCACGGUCUGCAAAUCUGCUGAAUGGGGACUCACUCAGGUGAACGACAUGAACGGGUGGGUGUUGUCCACGAGGGAGCCAGGGGGACUCACCCUCCUCCCCAGGAUGUUUGGGGAAUGGCUGGAGGCCAAGACGUACCUCCUGAACGGUGGCAGCGGCAGUGGGGGAAGUGGUUGGCCAGUGCAGCAGGCAGACAUCUUGUACUGGCUUGCUCCCAUGAUGUUCCUAGGCAACAGGCUGACAUCCUAUGGUGGAAAGUUGGCUUACACAAUCAAAUACACAAUAGACGAGAACCUGGAUCUUAGAUAUCACUUGAGUGAACCCGAUGUCAUCAUUGAGGGAAACGGAUUCACCAUCAUCAACGGGAAACAGUUUCUGCGAGAAAAGGAAGAAAACAGUCUGAUGGUGAGACUGCAUGAAUCCAACUGGAAGAAGCUGGUCCUACAAGGAAACAGCUUUCGGGAGGAGCCGGUCUCUAAACAGGAGUUCAUGCUGAUCCUGCAGGGCCUGACCAAAAUCAUGAUCCGGGCCAGCUACCACACGGCACAGGACACCAUAUACUUGAAGGAUGUGACUCUGGACACUGUGAGUCCAAUAUCCCAGACCAACAUCUCGCUGCCUUCAGUGGAACAGUGUAUGUGCCCAAUGGGAUAUGCUGGUCUAUCCUGUGAGAGUUGUUCCCCUGGUUACCGGCGCCUCAACAAUACUCUGCACCAGGGCAUGUGCCUCAGGUGUAACUGCUACAACCAUGCCAUGCAGUGUGAUGCUGUGGAUGGCAAGUGCCAAGACUGUCAACACAAUACCAUGGGAGCGAGGUGUGAUCAGUGUUUACCUGGUUACUAUGGCAACCCCAGACGUGGAUCCCCUGACGACUGCAAACCAUGUGCAUGCCCUCAUCAGUGGAGAGAUGGCAUCCCAGACCUGUGUGAAUAUGACCCCUCACCAAACAACAGGGAUGACUACAGGUGCUUGUCUUGCCCUGAGGGUCAGGCAGGAAAGCAUUGUGACAGAUGUGCUGCAGGCUUUUACGGCAACCCACAAGUAGAGGGUGGUUCAUGCCGUCCCUGCUACUGCAGUGGCAACAUCGACAUGGGUGACCCUACGUCAUGUGACCCUGUGACCGGUCAGUGCAUGAGAUGCAGCAACCACACUCAGGGCGUGUACUGUGAGAAGUGCAUGACAGGCUUCUAUGGCUCUGCCGUACAAGGCAACUGCAGAGUAUGUAACUGCCAUGAGGAUGGAUCAUACUCCAGUGAAUGUGAUGAGAGGAAUGGCCAAUGUUCCUGCAAGCCGCGUUACACAGGUCGUCAGUGUAACACCUGCCAGCCUGGGUAUGGAGAUAUCACUAAUGGCUGCACGCAGUGUCGCUGUAGUCGUAUCGGGUCUACUGACCUCCGAUGUAGCCCUAUCACUGGUCAGUGUCCAUGCAAGCCAGGCAUUGGUGGCCUGAGCUGUGACCGGUGCAAGGAGGGCAUGUACGGCUUCCGAGGUGGACGCUGCUCAGACUGUGGAUGUUUUGGUCCCGGCACCAACGGAAGUAUCCGCUGUGACCAGCACAGUGGCCAGUGCGAGUGUCAUCCCAAUGUCGUAGGCCGCAAGUGUGAACAGUGUCUGGAUGGAUAUUGGGGCAUACAAUCUGCCAUGGGUUGUCUCCCCUGUGACUGUGAUCGUACCGGGGCCAGGAGUCACCAGUGUGAUACGAUUGAUGGUCAAUGCCAGUGUCGUGCCAAUGUUGGCGGCAAGUUCUGCGAUCAGUGUCUACCAGGAUAUUACGGCUUCAACUACGAUGGCUGCAAGAGAUGUGAACCAUGUGAUCUUCCUGGUCACAUAUGUGACUCAAGGACAGGAAAAUGUGUGUGUCCCCCCAACACAACAGGACCUCGCUGUGAGGACUGCCUCGACAACUGCUGGGGCUACAACAAUGUGACAGGCUGCAAGCGUUGCAACUGUAGCGAGGAUGGCUCUGUGUCGCUUCAGUGUGACCCCGACGAUGGUUCGUGCACAUGUUUGCCGGACUAUAGGGGCUACAGUUGCAAUAAUUGUCUGUUUGGUUAUUAUGACUUUCCUGCCUGUGAAGAAUGCAUGUGUAAUACUAACGGCACGCUAGCGGACAAAUGUCGUAGUGAUGGCAGUUGUCAUUGCGAUCGGAGAGGAAUGUGCACCUGCAAGAAAAAUGUUGAAGGACCGAAGUGUUCGAAAUGCAGGAGGAAUACAUUCAGCCUUGACACAUACAAUCCCAGUGGCUGCACAAGCUGCUACUGUUUUAUGAAAACCCGUUCCUGCUCUCAGGCUCCCUAUGUUUGGUUCACUAUCUCAGCACCCACUAUGAGACGGACCAUCUCCCAGCUGGGCCCUAACGUCAUCCAGAACAGGUACGGCUUCCAUGUCAUCCCCUCUGAUGUGGACAUGGUUGCUGUGCCGACCACGAUGACGGACAAGGCCCUUUAUUGGUCCCUCCCGGCCACCAUGCUGGGAGAUAAGAUCCUGUCCUACAAUGGCCGCCUUGACUUUGUCCACUAUUUUGAAUCGGACACUACUCUCUUUGGAGGAAGUUUUGGAUCUCAUCACAGCAGCCAGUUAUCUCCCCUUGUUGUCCUUAUUGGCAAUGGUUUCAUAUUAACCUACAACAGCACGAUCAUCCUUGAACCUCAACACCCGGACACAUUCAUAGCAAGAUUACACGAGAACUACUGGCGUAUCCCAGGCCAGACGGCGCCGGUGUCUCGUCGUCUGCUGAUGGUGGUGCUCCAGAACGUGGAGGCCAUCUUUGUCCAGGCAACCAGUGAUGGAUACGCAACAUAUGCUGAAUUGGGUCCAAUUAGUUUGCAGGUGGCUGAACCAGCCACAUCUACUUCAUCAGGGGACAUUGCCCUUGGUAUCGAGUUGUGUGAUUGUCCUGACAAAUACUCGGGCACUAGUUGUCAGAAUCCUGGUGAUGGGUUCUUUAGAGAAAAGCAAAAUGGAACCAAUGACCUUUCUCAACCUGAAAUCACCAUUGGGCGAAUCAGACGCUGUCGUUGCAACGGACACAGUGAUGUUUGUGACCCGGAAACAGGAUUCUGCAGGGAGUGCCAGCACAACACUACUGGAGACCGAUGUAACCAGUGUCUGCCGGGGUUCUUCGGAGUGGCAACCCGUGGCUCCCCCUGGGAUUGUUCUCCAUGUGCCUGUCCGCGCAUAGAACCCUCAAACAGUUUCAGUUCUUCCUGUGAGGACAUGUCAGGUGUGUUGACUUGCACCAACUGCUCAGUGGGCUACACAGGGUCUAGAUGUGAAAGGUGUUCCCCUGGUUACUAUGGCAACCCCCUGAAACUUGGCAGCAAUUGUAAGCCAUGCAAUUGCAACAAGGAAGGAUCUGUGACUGAGUCAUGUGACAUGAAUACGGGCCGCUGUGACUGUCUCCCUGGUAUUGAAGGCAUCAAGUGUGAUGAAUGUGACGUACAUGGCUUUGCUGUACAGAAUGGCACCUGUGUCUCAUGCUACACUGGUUGCCCUGGUGUUCUGUUGAAUGACCUCCAGAACAUGACCUUGGCAGUCAAUUUACGGAACAUCACAGUGCCGUUACCAUGGAAGGAACUACGGAGGAUCCAAAACGAAACAGUUGAACUUCUGGAGCUUGUCAACAUUUCCAAGAUGGCAAGUCUGGCCAAUGUCUUUGACUACAGAAACCAAACUGAGUUUUUCCAGGAUGUGGCUGAACGACUUAUGAAUCGGGUGGGCCGCACUCAGAGACGAAUUAAUGGCCUGACUGUCGAUGCCUCUAACAUGCUGGACAGUGCCACAAAGAUUGAGGACAACAUUCGGAGAUUGUUUGAUGACAUUAAGGGUGACAUUAACGACCUGGAGACUUUAGUGGAGAGAUUGUUCAACGUUCAAUCAGGCGUCAAUAUCACUUCAGCAUUUGCUGAGGCACAGCGUAUUCUGAAUGAGGUCUUGGGACGAGAUUUCAGCAGAAGAGAUGAUGACUCAUAUGAUGAAAGGAAGCUUGCGGAGAAGUUGCUGAGAAGAGUACUCAGGUUGAAGAGGAAGAACUUCAAUGCGACAGACACAGAGAAGAAGCUGAAGGAUUUGACAGACAGUCUGGAGGACUUGAAGAAUCAGUCCCAGAAGGCCAGUGCCGUUGCUAGACGAGUUCUGCAAGAAGAGACACUCAGACUCGGUGCCAAGCUAGCAGAUAUUUUGGAAAAGUAUGAUGACAUAGAAGACCUGGGAGGUGAUACAGACAACCUGGUGACCGACGGCAACUACUACAUUGAUGAAGCCCGGAACCUGCUGGAUCGCCUGAAAGAAAAUAUCUGGACUCUGCAAAAUCGCCACUCAACCCUGGACGCUGUAACUGAUCGUCUGUCUGAGAUUGUGGGGAACUUGAACCGGACAGUGCCUCGAGUGACCGCGAUGGUGGACCGGGCCUGGGAUCAUGCCGAGAGACUGGCCAGAUACGCCAAGCAACUGGAUAGCUUGUUCAACAAGACCCGAGUCGGAGCCGAGGAUGCCUUGAGAGCGGCGAAGGUGUACAAGAACAUUGUGAAGGCGAUAGAAACUGCAGAGGAUGCAGCCAAUGAUGCUUUGAGGAAAGCAAGAGAUGCUGUCCGACUGGCCAACUUGGACAGGAUUCGCUAUGAUGUUGAAAAGUCUAUUAACCGCAGCCGUGCUCUGAUGAAGCAGGCUGAUGAGAAGAGGAACACUGUUAACAACCUUGGUGGCGACCUUGUCUUCCUCGAGAACGAUUUGGAUGGAGUGCAGAAGCUCCACGAGGACACGUCAUACAAUCUGAGCAACAGACUGGGCAGGCUGACCAGGACAGUGGACGAUACGAAGCGCAGGGCUGGACGUACAAACAGGAAGGUGGACAAACUCAUCGACAAGAUGAAAAAAAUUCUUCCCGGGCUGGAGGAUCUCCAGGACAAGAACACACAGUUUGUGAUAGAUCAAGCUUCAAAACAGUUGGGAAAAGCUCGGAAUAACAAGAACAAGAUACUGGGCAUCAUGGGUGAUGUUCAGCAGCAAGCGAUUCAGUCACAGAUGCUGCAGAACAACGUCUCCCGCAACAUCCUUCAGCUCCAGGAGCGGAUCAGGCUGGCAAGGGAGCUCGCCAACAACAUGAAACUUUCCAUGAAGGGAGAUGGUCGCUGUGUCCGGUCGUACCGCUCCGUCAGUCAGCCUGGUGCCACCAAUGAUAUCAGCUUUGGCUUCAAGCUGAACAAGACUCAGGACAGCAUGCUACUUGUCCUGAUACAGAAGUCACCACAGGAGUUCCUGGCAGUGGAGCUGAUCAACAACAAGAUCCGGUUCACAUGGGACAAUGGUGGAGGGCAAGGGUCCGUGACCCAUGAUGUGGAGGUCAAGCUGACACCAGCUGACACACCCGAGGGAGACAAGUGGUACAGAGUAAUUGCACAAAGGAUCGGGCGUAUCGGCUUGCUGAAGGUGUACCAUGUGAAGGACUCAGAGACUACAGCCAAGGAGGCCAGCGGAACUUCCCCAGUUGGACACUCUGUACUCAAACUGGAUCUCGACUCGGACGUUUUCUUCGGGGGAGUUGAUGCUAACUUUGAUACACCUCCAGGGAUAAGCAGACGGAAUAUGACUGGAUGUCUUGGAGAUAUGAAAGUUGACAGGAAAGCGGUUGGCAUGUACAACUUCAAGAACACUUCAGCCUCAUGCCGACCUUGCAAUGAAGUACCUACCCCGCCAAUCAGCACAAACGAGUACCAGUUUGAUGGAACUGGUUACGUGGAGAAGGACCGUGAUUCCUACCGCAGUGACAGAAUCAAUGUGGCAUUUUCAUUUAAAACCUACUGGGAAAAUGCCAUGUUGCAUUUCUCCGGAAACCCAGAUAUGGGUGACUUCAUGUCUAUUGAGCUGCGUGACGGCAAGGUGAUGUUCCAGUUCUACAAUGGUGGAAUGAGUCUGGGCAAAGGAAUGACCAAGAAUAAGUACAAUAACAACAAGUGGACUAAAGUUGGAAUUGAACGGAAUAAGCUGCAAGCGUUGUUAAAGGUGGAUGACGAACAAGUGUUCAUUCAGGCCAAUAGAGGCAACAAUGGCCUUGACCUUAAAGGAUAUCCAUUCUAUUUUGGUGGCAUUCCAGCAAGCCUUGACCUCUCCAAGUAUCAGAAAAUCACUAACUUUGAGACCAACAACUACUUUGGCUGCAUGCGUGACGUCGGGCUGGGUGGCUUCAGUACCACCAUGCAGGAUCUCUUCACCGGAAACUCUGUGGGGAUGUCUGCUGGAUGCUCAGACACUGGUAUUCGUAAAGCUGGUUUCCAUGGCAAUGAUGGCUUUGCGAUGUUCAAGGCAGAAAGCAUGCCUGAUGAAGCAGAUGUGUCAGUGUCUUUCAUCACGAAACAGAGAGAUGCCAUGCUGCUGCUAGCGAUGGAUCACAAUGAUAAUUUCUACUCGUUAUCUCUAAAUAAUGGCAGAAUAGAGGGCAGGUUUGCCGCUGGAGGACGACCUGUUGUUCUACAGUCUUCUGACACGUACAAUGAUGAAAAGUUGCACAAUAUCGCUGUUGUCAAGUCAGGCAGAAGACUGACGAUGAUAGUUGAUGACAAGAGAGUUGCUGAGGAGAGCCUUCCUAUUGGGGUCAACACCAUCCCCAUUGACCCAGACAAGGGCCGAAUGUUCCUAGGAGGGCUCCCUGAGGGUUUUGAUGCCAGCAAUAUGGUCGCCUCCAAACUGUCGCUGGACGGUUGUAUCAGCGAUAUUAUUGUCAAUGGAAAACUGAUUAACCUAAAUCUUCCUGUAGAGUACAAGCGUGCAGAUAUUGGACGAUGCCCAUAUGAUCUGAACAAUUUGUUCAGUUUUGCAAACAACAAUAACAAUAACAACAACAGCCUGAACGGCUUCCCAGAAACCACAGCCUCACGUGUUUUCGCACCCCCCACCACAGUCUGACAAUAACCUGAAAUCACAACUACUACUACCACCACCACUACCACUUCCACUACUACUUCCACGACAACUUCAACUACCACAACAUCAUCAACCCCAACAACAACAGGAUCAACAGCUACAGCAUCAACGACAGAGGCACCUCAAUCAUGUGGCCCAGUGGAACCACAAUCAUUUGAGUCUGGCGCUUUUGUCUUUGGAAACAGUGAUAACAGUUUUGCCCAGAUUAAGUUCAAAAGAAAAGAAGUAGUCAAGACAUUCAACAUAUCGUUUAGCUUCCGUUCAUAUUACGCUGAUGGAUUAUUUUUCUUGCUGACCAACCAAGCCAAGACUGACUACCUGGUUGUGCAGCUUCAGAAUGGAGAAAUCGUCUUGUCUUACCGUCACAAGGCUGACCAGCACAGCAUCCGAUCUGGCCGACGUCUGGGCGAUGGAAGGUGGCAUUCAGUGGUUGUGAACAAAGGCAGCCGAAACAUCCAUCUGAAGGUCGAGAACCAGAAUCGCAUCAAGGAGCCAAUUGCCCGAAGGCUGGACAUUGCUGCACCCAUGUAUGUUGGGGGGCUGCCAAACAAGUACAAGAGCUCUGUGGACAACCUUGUGCCACACAGUCUUCGUGGAUGUCUGCGAAAGUUCACCAUCAACGGGGAAGUGAUUGACAUUGCUGAUACAAAGGUCAUCAGCGGAGUUGGGCUGUGUAACAAGAAUGUGGAGCCGGGGGCCUCCUUCCAAGGCAACUCCUGGGGAAUAUACUCCAUUCCGUCAGGACCCAAUGUUGCUUCGCAAGCAUUCCAUAUAGGAGAGUUCUUGAAAAUCAGUCUGGAAUUCAGAACCAACUCUGGAAACGGAACACUUGUCACAAUUAGCAGUGAAUUGGGGGACCUUGGUAUGACCUUGGAGCUGUACAAAGGAGCGGUUCAAUUCACCAUCAAGAACAACAAUGACAAGUUCACGGCUCUCACACCAAAUACGAGGCAGUACCUUCCCUGUGACCACAAGUGGCACCGAGUGACAGCAGAGGUUAUACGGAAUGUUGUAUCCAUAGAAGUGGAUGACUGGGGAAAGACGUACGGGCCAAGCCUGGGCAGUCUCCGUACCACCCCAACAGACAGCCCCAUGUUUAUAGGGGGCAAACCAGAGAAUUUCCCCCAAGUUGCAGCCUCCACCACAGAAGGUUUCAUUGGCUGCAUGAGAAAUGUCAUCAUUGAUGGGAAUACAGUGGAUUGGUACAACCUUGUCGAUAAUCGCAAUAUACGGCGAACGGCAUGUGCAGCCACAUAAAUCCUCAUUGUAGAAAAUAUAUAAAACAUGGUAACUAAUGUUAUUUGGGCAAAUUUUAAGCUGACAAGAAGAGAGGAAGGAAUUAUGAGUUCAAUCCAUUCAAAAUUGUAACAUUUUACGUUGUUGCCUCUUGUUAAUAUUCAUUUUAAUAGAACUAUUUGAAUUUUUCUGAAGUGAACUGUUUGUAUUAUAAGUGCUAACUAUACAAUUGUUAAUUGAAGCAUUUUUUGAUGGGGGGGUUCUCAUGAUGUCACUUCUAAAUGAGGAUAUUAGCAUAUGAAUAUAUUUACAUAUCAUUUCGUAUAUUUAUCUAGUGAUAAGAAUAUUGAAAGUCAUUAUACAGAAUGUGUUCUCAUGUAUCUCCUCAUUUGUAAAUCAUAACUUUCAAUGCAGAUUUUAAUAAAUGGUUUUUUUAUUGAUCAUCCUCCAUGCAUUGAAAUGUCUAAUAUUUCUGAUGCAUAUUGGGUAGUGUCUUUUACCUUCUCUCACCUUUUAUACUUUUAUACGUGUUCAUAUCAUACUCAAUAUGCAAUAAAACAUCUUCAUAAAUACACACUAUGCAAGACUUAUUUAUAGAACAGGAACUUUAGUGCAUAUAUUGUUUUACCUUUUCGCAUUUUCAUUAAAUUCACAUUGGUAUAAAUGGAUUUAGAUCUGUAAACAAGUUUUAAUGAGGACACAUUUGGUGAUUCUGUUCUUUAAACUGAACUGCUAAAAUACUGCACCACAGGAUUUUGUAUAUGCCUACAAUAUGAAUAUUUUCACUUGUGCUGAAAUAUUUUUCUUUGCCAUGAUUCAGUCCACAAUGUGAUACAUGAAAGGGAGACACAUAUCAUAUUAAUAAAUCAUAUUCAACACAUACUCUGUAGCAAAUUAUUACAUUGAUUACAACCUUCAUUCCCAUUUUAACAUAUAGCAGAACCUUUGAAACACACUCGGAAUGUCAGUGUGUACUAUCUGAAUCAAUAUACAGUAUAAACUCUACAUGUUUGAAUACUUUAAUUGAUACUGAUUGUAUCUUUUGCCUCUUUCAUUAUGUUACAUUGACCUUAAACCAAGAAGUCAGAAAUAACAGAUGUGGCAAUACAAGAUAUUUCUAUUCACAGUUUGAACUUAUGUUGAUGUUAUGUGUAAAGUAAAGUUUCUCUGUCAACAAUGAAGUUAUAUUUACAUUUUCUUCGAUAUUUUCAACAUUUGCACCUUUUUCCUUAACACUACCAUGUUAAGAAAUGUUACCAAAUUUAAUCCUUUCAUUGCAAUGACUCAUUGUGAAGGAAGGGUUGACAAGUGAUUUGACACAGUGUUAUGUGUGGAAUGUACAUUAUGUUAGAAACUGUUUGUAUUUAUCUUUACUCACAUGUUGUUCUGUUUCACGGGUCACGCCUUUUCAUGCUUUGCAUGGAAAGUGGCUGCAACUAAUAAGUAUUGUAUUUAUGAGUUAUACAAUUGUACAUAGUGUUGUAUGCAUGAAAGUAGGUCAUUGUUGUAUUAGGGCUGGGAGGAGUCAUAUGUACUACCAGGGUACCCAAGACCCCAAUACCCAAUAUCCCAAAUCUACCUAGGUACCCAACCCCCUUAUACCUAACCCUAAUUACCCAUUACCCUGGUCCGAGAACC